CGCGGCCGAGCAGGAGAGAGUGGCAGUGAACGUGUCUGCGGCAGCGUUUAGCGUUAAAAAACAUAAACUACGGCUGAAGAAGAGAGGACCAAACCCCGCUGCAGUUGGAGACGACUUCGGCAGACCAUGGACUAUGAUCAGUUUUAAACAGAGGCUGCUAACGGUGCGCUGUUUUGACGACAGGCGGCUUACUGCACAUCUGUAGCGCGUAAUGAGGGCAUCCGCUAUUCUCUACGGUGGUUUUUCCUCCGAGGUUUAGUUAGACGCAGAGUGACACUAUUUAUAAAAGCGUCGCUUUUAGACAUCCUUUCAAGGGAUAGUCACAGCCUGCAUACAUUUAGUUAAUUCCCUCCUCCCAUGGCCCCUGGGGAACAGUGAAGUCAUUUGAGAAGUCACCGGAGAAGACGACACGUCUUGAUCAUCUCGACAGUUUAGCACAGUUUUGUGAGGAAAAUCUGCUUUCUCUUCCAUCUGCACCAGACUCCCCCCGCUUUCUCUCUGUUUUUAACUCGUACAUGGUUUUGUUUUUCUGAGCAUUCAUCGCCAACCCUCCUGUGGGUAUUUUCCCCGUUAAAGGAUGCCGGAUCAAAUAUCGGUGUCCGAGUUUCUCUCGGAGACAACAGAGGAUUAUAAUUCCCCGACGACAUCCAGCUUCACCACCCGACUGCAGAGCUGCAGGAACACCGUGAAUGUGCUGGAGGAGGCGCUGGACCAGGACCGAACCUCCCUGCAGAAGGUGAAGAAAUCAGUGAAGGCCAUCUACAGUUCAGGACAAGACCACGUCCAGAAUGAAGAGAACUAUGCCCAGGCCCUGGACAAAUUUGGCAGCAACUUCAUCAGCCGGGACAACCCCGACCUGGGAACCGCCUUCGUCAAGUUCUCCUCCCUCACCAAGGAGCUGUCUGCCCUACUGAAGAACCUGCUCCAGAGCCUCAGCCACAAUGUGAUCUUCACUCUGGACUCGCUGCUGAAGGGCGAUUUGAAAGGCGUGAAAGGGGACAUCAAGAAGCCCUUUGACAAAGCAUGGAAAGACUACGAGGCCAAGUUCACAAAGAUCGAGAAAGAGAAGCGAGAGCACGCCAAGCAACACGGCAUGAUCCGCACGGAGAUCACCGGGGCUGAAAUCGCAGAGGAGAUGGAGAAGGAACGGCGUCUCUUUCAGCUCCAGAUGUGUGAGUACCUGAUCAAAGUAAAUGAGAUCAAGACCAAGAAAGGAGUGGAUCUCCUCCAGAACCUGAUUAAGUAUUACCACGCACAGUGCAAUUUCUUCCAGGAUGGCUUGAAGACAGCGGAUAAGCUGAAGCAGUACAUCGAGAAGCUGGCAGCUGAUCUGUACAAUAUCAAACAAACUCAGGAUGAGGAGAAGAAGCAGCUGACUGCCCUGCGGGAUCUGAUCAAGUCCUCCCUCCAGCUGGACCAGAAGGAGGACUCGCAGAGCAAGCAGGGUGGUUACAGCAUGCACCAGCUGCAGGGAAACAAGGAGUUUGGCAGUGAGAAGAAAGGCUACCUGCUGAAGAAGAGUGAUGGGCUGAGGAAGGUGUGGCAGAGGAGGCAGUGCUCAGUGAAGGGGGGCAUGCUCACCAUCUCUCAUGCCACAUCCAAUAGGCAGCCGGUCAAACUCAACCUGCUCACCUGCCAGGUCAAGCCGAGUGGUGAAGACAGGAAGUGCUUUGACCUCAUUUCCCAUAACCGGACAUAUCAUUUCCAGGCUGAAGAUGAACAGGAGUUUGUCAUUUGGAUCUCGGUACUGACCAACAGUAAGGAGGAGGCGUUGAACAUGGCGUUUCGUGGCGAGCAGAGCAGCGGAGGCGAGGACGGUUUAGAGGAUCUGACUAAAGCCAUCAUAGAAGAUGUGCUGCGCAUGCCAGGCAACGAAGUCUGCUGCGACUGCGGAGCUGCAGAUCCUAAGUGGCUGUCCACCAACCUGGGGAUCCUGACCUGCAUCGAAUGCUCCGGCAUCCACCGAGAGAUGGGCGUCCACAUCUCCCGCAUCCAGUCCAUGGAGCUUGACAAGCUAGGGACCUCAGAGCUCUUGCUGGCCAAGAAUGUAGGGAACAGUAGUUUCAAUGAGAUAAUGGAGGGAAACUUGUCUUCCCCUUCACCAAAGCCCACUCCAUCCAGUGACAUGACGGUGAGGAAAGAGUUCAUCAACGCUAAAUAUGUGGACCACAAGUAUGCGAGGAAGACGUGCACGUCUGCGGCAGCUAAAAUGAUCGAGCUGUUAGAGGCGGUUCAGUCCAGGGAUCUGCUGUCCCUCAUUCAGGUCUACGCAGAGGGGGUGGAACUUAUGGAGCCGCUCCCAGAGCUGGGGCAGGAAGCUGGAGAGACAGCACUGCACUACUCUGUACGGACUGCUGACCAGACCUCGCUGCACUUAGUGGACUUCCUGGUGCAGAACAGCGGUAACCUGGAUAAGCAGACGGAGUGGGGGAACACGGCCCUGCAUUACUGCUGCAUGUACGAGAAACCCGAGUGCCUCAAGUUACUCCUGAGGGGCAAGCCGGCUACCGAUAUCACCAAUCAGAACGGAGAGACGGCGCUGGAUGUUGCCAGGCGACUGAGGAACAUUCAGUGUGAGGAGGCACUUGUGCAGGCCGCAGAGGGGAAGUUCAACCCUCACAUCCAUGUGGAGUACGAGUGGAGCCUCAGACUGGAGGAGAUGGACGAGAGCGACGACGACCUUGACGAUAAGCCCAGUCCCAUCAAGAAGGACCGCUCCCCGAGGCCUCAGAGCUUCUGCCACUCCUCCAGCCUCUCCCCGCACGACAAGCUCUCCCUGCCGGGCUUCAUUAGCCAAAGGGACAAACAGCAGCGUCUGUCCUACAGCGCCUUCACCAAUCAGAUGUACAGCGCCUCCACCGACCUCACCUCCUCCCCCGUGGCUGAUGGGCCGCCGCUGCCACCUAGGAACCAGGGCAAAGCUCCUCCCCCAUCUGGCCCUUCCUCUGCACUCACACCAGGAGGCAGCUCCACCCUGUCCAAGAAGAGGCCUCCGCCCCCACCUCCUGGACACAAACGCACCCUGUCUGACCCACCCAGCCCGCUCUCUCACAGUCCACACAGUAAAGGGGGCUUGACUGGGGGAAGCGACUCCACCCCUCCUCCUGUCAGCAAGAUGUCUCCAGUUUCUAACAAGUUUGAAGGGAUUCCUCAGCAGCAAAGCACUACUUCGAGCAACACAAAGUCAACACUUGGUCCAAGGGUUCUUCCCAAACUACCUCAAAAAGUGGCAUUGCGGAAGAUCGACACCAUACACCACCCAUCUAUGGAUAAACCCAGCCUUCCUCCAGAGGUUUUCCAGAAGUCCCCGCCGGCAGUCGACACCCCGCAGAAGGUUCCCGUGGCAGACAGGCCUCAUCUGGGAGACCUUCCCCCCAAACCGCAGCCGUCUGAACUUCCUCCUAAACCUGGAGAGCUUCCUCCGAAGCCGCAGCUCUCUGACCUCCCUCCUAAACCUCAGCUGGGAGACCUCCCGCCCAAACCCCAGCUCAAAGACCUGCCUCCCAAGCCUCACCUCGCAGACAUCCCCCCCAAACCUGGAACGGCCGAGUCCGCUCCCAGGCCCCCUCCUGGAGAGACGGUGCAAAGGCCUCAAACGCAACCUCCACCUCCACCUCAACCUCAACCACAACCUCAGCCACAGCCUCAAGACUCCCCGUCUCCUAAUCAGCAAACAAAUAUAGGGAUUCCCUCCCAACAGGCUGCCGAAGACACCAAUGGGACCCCGACAGGAACCGCAGAGACACCGGUGCCCCUCCCGAGGAAGAUCAACACGGGGAAGAGCAAAUGCCGCCGGGUGAAGACGAUCUAUGACUGUCAGGCUGACAAUGAUGACGAGCUGACUUUUGUUGAAGGAGAGGUGAUCAUAGUUACAGGAGAAGAGGACCAGGAGUGGUGGAUCGGGCACGUUGAAGGAGAGCCGGAAAGAAAAGGGGUGUUCCCCAUGUCUUUUGUGCACAUCCUGAGUGACUGACAGCCAGAAAGACUUGCACUACACCUCUCCCUAAAUUGGGAGGUCCUGUAAAUAGCUAUCAAAACACCCCUUGUCACACGACAAGUGUCCUAAAGGAAAAAAAAAAAAUCUACAAAGAAGAAGAAACCCAAGAAGGCUCAUUUAGUCAUGGAUGCCUCAUCCAUGCUGUACAAAGAAUGUGUGUAUUCUUCCCUUAACCAGUAUUAUCUUAACCCUAUAGCACGGCUGUGACAAAGCCACUCUCAAAACCCUAGCACUUACCUGAAGUCUAUGUUUAUGCUGUUACUGUGUAUAUAUGUAUGUAAAUAUAUAUAUUUGUGUGUGAGUGUAUAUACAUGUUUUAUUGUACAAAACAUGUACCAUUGCUCUCUCUACCUGUCAGAUUAAGCAUCAGGGGCGGUAGAUUUUGAAUUUUAUCUGUAUUAAUUUUUCUGGCCCUGAAGUAAUUAUCAGCUUAUAUUUCUGGGAAAAGGACAAACAAGAAAUGGAAUGUGAAAUAGGUCAUGUCACUAUUUGUGUCUUGCAUCCCUGUUUACCACCAUAACUGACUGAAGAGGCAGGAGUCUCCCACUGAUCUUCCCGAGAUGAAAAGAAUUUCAUUAAAUGUACUCCUUGUUCUUGCUUGCUUUGUGUGUACACGUAUUGUUUGUUUUACAGUAUAGACACCUGCUGCUACUGUGUGGUGGAAUAUCAAAGCCUGUGGUUCACUGUAGGUCACUAAUUUACUCCUUGUUACACUGUUCACUGUAUGAAUCUUCUGUGUGUGAACUCAACGCCAUCUCCACAGUCCUUUGACCUUUUCUGUGCAUGGUGUAACAAUGACUGGAAUUGAGUGGAGUGCUGCAUUCAAAGACGCUCACCUCAGGGUUUGAAGAGCCACUAUUAAUCAAGCAGGACUACACUAAAGGGUAUCCUGUUGGUAAAGCCACUAUUGAUGACAAGUGCGGGAAACUCAAGAGGACAUCUUAGCAAUAACUUGAUUUUCUGACAGGCUAGAAAUUUCACAUUAACCUGUGUAAAAUCUCAUAAGCUUGACAUUUUUUUAAAAAGGUGAGUCAUGUAAUAUCAUUCCAUGUUACUGGAUUCAGUACAUUUCCAGGUUUGCUUGUGAGCCAGAGAUGUCUUUUAGAAGUGGACUUUGUAAAAGGCCGGAGAGCCAAUGUAUUUUCACCCAGUCCUCACUGACUUGCAGUUUUUCCCCAUGUUAAGGAACAAACCCAUCAACCCAUUGUAUCAUUAAAAGUGCUGUACUUCA